AUAAUUAUCAAAGUUAAUUUAACUAUUCAACUGUGACAAUCAUAAGUGUAAAACGCACACAAAAAUCAACCAAAAAUGAAAUUCGUAAUUGUACUUGUUGCUGUAACAAUCGCUUGUGUGUAUGCACGACCAGAUGGUGCCGCAUACCCAACGAAAUACGAUUCAAUUGAUGUAGCUGGAAUCUUGGAAAAUCCAAAAUUACGUGGUGUUUAUGAAAAAUGUAUCUCUGGUGAACAAACCGCAAAAUGCCCAAAAGAAGUUGAUGUUUUAAAAGAAUAUUUAACCGAUGCCAUUACAACAUGUUGUGAAAAAUGCUCACAAAAACAAAAAGAUGGUGCCCGUCAAGUAUUCAAAUACUACAAAGCAAACAACCCAGAAUUCUACAACCAACUUAAGUCUAAGCAUGAUCCAACUGGAGAAUUCGAAACCAAAUGUAAAUCAAUCUUAGAAGGUUAAGAAGUUUAAAUACAACAGACCAAAAAUUAUCCUAUUAAACAGUUCCAAAAAAUACAAA